GAUUGCUCAGCUGUGUGCAUUUGCUGCUUCUUGCCUUGCUGGCUAGCAACGCUUUGGUUCUCAUCCCAGAGAAGAGCAAUCCCAGAGCACGUGGAAGAUGAGCUUCCUCUGGCUCUUCCUCCUCCUCGGCUUCCUCCCUCUAGUCGCCCCCACCUGCCCCGAGGACUGCCGUUGUGCCACCGACAUCAUCGACUGUGGGACGACAGACCUCACGGAUGAGACCAUCCCCACCUCCUUCGCCCCCUCGACUCGGCAGCUCUCCCUCAGCAACAACUACCUCACCUUCAUCCCCAGCGGGCUCUUUGAUAACCUGAAGAGUCUCCAGUUGGUCUACCUGUGGGGGAACCCUUGGGAAUGCAACUGCAACAUCCUCUACCUGCGCUCCUGGCUCCAGGCGCAGCAGAACCGGUCCAUGUACCGAAACAUUGUCUGCUGGUCUCCUGCCCACCUCCAAAACCGGAUCAUCACCUAUCUGUCGGAGGAUGAGAUCCUUGCCACGUGCCAGUACUGGUAUUGCAGCAUGGCCCUCAUCUCCCAGAUCUGCCUCUUCGUCUUCAUCCUGGUCCAAGUGGUUCUCCUCUUCCUCGUCCUCGUCUACGUGCGCAGGUUCCAGAGGAUAGCCAAGGAGGCCACGAGGACCACCGCUGAGUUCUACGAGCAGGUGGGCCCAUGGGGGUCUCCGGACAUGCAUGGUGAUGACUGAAGAUCAGCCUCGGGUAGCGGCGUUGCCACAAACUUCCUCUUCUCGUCUGUAGCAGGGGUGGGGAACCCGAGGGCCAGAAUCUGUUUCAAAGCAGCUCUUGGGGGGCUGUGUUCCAGUAGUGGGCGGGGCCGAAAACAAAGAGGGUGGGGGCCAGAGGCAAAAGGGGUGGGGCCAAAAUCCAAUAAAUACCAGAUUAUUGUAACUAAAAACUCGUACUGUAUGUAAAUAAUUGGAUGCACAUUUUGCUGAAAUCCCCCCUUUUGCACAACGGAUGCGGAGAAUUGGAAGGGAGGAAGCUGCCUUAGACUGUGAGAGGCCAUUGGUUCAUCUCGGUCAGAACGAGGUCCUCAUGUCUUUUGAUUUUGUAACCUGCAUAGCAUAAUGGGACAUGCCAUUUCUAAAUAAAAUUAAUGAUACGGAAAA